AGCUUAUUUUAGAACGCGAGAACGCAGCGCAGUGUACCACCGAAUCGCAAGCAUCGCGUAGUAAACUUGGAUCUGACGGUUCCUCGUGGGCAGUUGUUGCGCCCAGGAAGCCCGAUCGAGCGGAACGAUUUACGGGACAUUUAUGUGAGAACGUAGCCGUACGAAGAUGGUGUCGGUGAUGCAGCCGUACAUGGACAUCGAGAGCUCCAGGAGCUACAUCGACGAGCUAUACUCCCCAGACGCGCAGAAAUGUCUGGAGGCGAUUAUAUGCUUGAAGAAUUCAGUGAUUGGCAGCAACAGGCAAAAGGGUUCAGUUAUAGCUCAAGGUGUGGUACCCCGGCUCUUGCAACUGCUCGGAGACACAUCUGGUACCAUCGGCGAUCGAAUAAGAUUAGAAUCAGCCGUGACAUUGGGCUCUCUAGCUAAGGGCACAGAUCAGCAUGUAUUGGCGCUUAUAGACCUAGGUGUAGUUCCAUUGCUACUUCAAGUCUUGCUCUCCUCACCAACGCCUGAGAUGGUUGUGGAUGGCAAGAUAAAGGUACUGGAUUUGUUGCACGAGGCCUGCCUGCGAUGUCUGCGCACGGUAUUCCAGCACGCGGCGGCGCCGGUUCAUUCUAUUUAUCAGGAUCCCGCGUUAGUGCCACGGCUGUUGUCCCUGGCGAGUCGGUCGGUUACCUGUCAAGUCUGUGUUGCAACAAUCUUGACUACGGCAUGUAAGACGACAGAGGAGCAGAACGCUCUAUCCAAAGGCGGCGCGGUGGAAACAUUGGCGAUGCAACUGGACUCCCCUCUAUCCGACGUUCAACUGCCGGCUCUGGCCUGUUUGGCAAACAUGUGCUACCAAAAUCACAUGGUAUCAGCUCUGGUCGCGUCGGCCAGCACGAGCAACACUGUCCACGGUAGACUGGUACCAGUCGCGCUAGGCCAACUAAUGGGACGCGAGAAGAGCUCGUUAAUACAGCUGGAAGCGGCGAGGUGCAUCGCGUACAUGCACAGAGCAGGCGCGUUGCCGUCCACUGAUCCACGAGUGGUGUAUCGCGCUCUACCCUGCCUGGUGCGUUUGUGUCAUCGAGACAGACCGCCACGCGAGAGAGUCGCCGCGGCUGAGACGCUCGCGUACCUGACGGAAGUCGAUACGGAUUUACAGCGUUUAGCUUCCAUUAGCAAUCAUUUAAUACCGACACUGGCAGAGCUACUGAGACCACAUCCGCAAGUCCAGGAUGCAACGCUAACGCAAGAUAUGCGCCAAGCUGCAUUCAGAGCGUUCGCGUCUCUCGGCGCGAAUGACGAAGAUAUCCGGAAACGUAUUAUCGAGACGGAAAGUCUUAUGGAACAGGUUGUUUCUGGUUUACAGGAUCCUGGUGGAUCACGUGUUCGUUUAGCCGCGGUUAGAUGUUUGCACUCCCUUUCGAGGAGCGUGCAACAACUUCGCACUACAUUUCAGGAUCAUGCAGUGUGGAGGCCACUUAUGCAGUUGUUACAUGGAGCUGACAAGGGGUUGGAGGGUAGAGGCGAAGGUGAAGGUGAUUUAUUAACUGUUGCCUCGAGUACUUUAUGUAAUUUACUGUUGGAGUUUAGUCCGAGCAAAGAGCCAAUUCUCGAGUCCGGCGGAGUAGAGUUAUUGUGUUCUCUCACUAAACGGCCUGAGUCGGCCCUCCGACUGAACGGCAUUUGGGCCCUAAUGAACGUGGCCUUUCAAGCAGAACAACGUGUAAAAUCGCAAAUACUCUCGUGCCUGGGCACAGAUCAGAUCUUUCGUCUCUUGGCCGAUCCUGAAUUAGGCGUCCUGAUGAAAACGCUGGGCUUGUUGCGAAAUUUGCUUUCCACUAAAGCUCACAUAGAUCGUAUAAUGGGCGAGCAUGCCACGCACGUUAUGCAAGCGGUCAUUCUAGUACUGGAGGACCCGGAACACCCGGCGGACGUCAAGGAACAAGCACUUUGCAUUUUAGCAAAUGUAGCCGAUGGUGACCGGGCGAGAGAUCAUAUCAUGGCUAAUGACGACGUGCUUAAAAAACUCAUGGAUUACAUGAUGCACAGCAACGUGAAACUGCAAGUUGCUGCUAUUUUUUGUGUAUGCAACCUAGUCUGGAGGGAGGAACCCGGUGCCGCGCAGCGACAAGCGCGUCUGCGGGAAUUAGGAAUUCAUCGUAUCUUACAACAAUUACGUCACACAAAAGACACUCAAUUAUUUGAGAAAGUCAAGACUGCCCUAUCGCAAUUCUACGAUCCUUGAACUUGGAACGUAUCGCUGAUGAAGAUUAGGUUAUGAUUUUAAGUGUCUUUUUUAUAUUUGAAGUAAAUUACGAGUUUAGCGUUAAUACUGUGAUCACCUCGGUUGACAAUGUAUAAUCGAAAGUUAUAAGACGAACAAACUGCUAUUUCUGAGCCUAUGCCUGUAUAAUCUGUCUCUGUAGUAUUUAUUUAACUUAAUAGAGAUGAAAGUAUAAUACGUGUAGUACACGCGAUUCGUUUGCUUAUGUCGAAUAUCGUUUGAUAUACAUAUUAUUUACAACAUUGAUUUACAAGCAGAGGCUUCAGAUAAUGCAUUGUCUUGUAUGCAAUAAAAAGAAAUUAAGGGAAUAAGUUAAAUCAUGAAAAGAAAUUGAAAUAAAUAGAAAGCAAAU